AUGGCAAGAUCGAGAGUGAGAGAAAAAAGCGGCAACCAUCGCCAUACUUGCCAGGCCACUUUUUCUCAGCGAAAUAAUCUUGGUCAUCUGUCAGCCACUGUCCAUGAUCUGCCACAGACAUCUGGUUUCCUGGAGGUGCUGGUGCAGUAUUCCCAGAUCGAAGACGUGCACGUGGUAGUCCCCUGUGGCACCUCUGGACACAAAUACUGCGUCAGAGUUAUCGUCAGGAACGGGGCUCUCCUCCUACAGGCGAACAACUCCUACACACGUGACCAGUGGCUACACUCCAUCAUCUGGAAGAAAAAUGUCUUCAAAUAUCGUAACGUUCUCUGCACGGCCAAGAGGCCUGAGGUGCUUCUCAAGGAACUCAAGAGCUUGGUGGAGUUGUCGCUGGCUACCCCCCUCCACGACCACACUGUGUGCCGAGUCCCCCUUGAGCUGGCGUCCUCCAUACUCACCACGUUCAUCAACUGGUCAUAUAUGGGUGAGCACUGGUUGAGUCGCCAGAUGACAGAGGAGAUCAUAGUCACCCUGGCGCCGCUCCUGGAGAACAACCAGCCGUCGCCCGAAAUCUGCCACUUCUUCAGCCAACACUGCACCGACAACCCGCGUUCUUGUCUUGUCAUCGACAUGUUCACGCCCAUUAUCAAGAGGAUACUGAAACAUAAUGUGGACUUCGGCAAGUAUCCCUACGUGCGUCACUUUGUACAAAACUACAUACAAGCCCUCAAUAGUCAGAACGACGGCCUUCGCGUGGUGCACCAGUUCGUCCACGGAAUGCACGGGCCGACGAGUACAUGCCCUCACUUGCGGGUUCUCCCCAACCUAGUCGCAGUGUGUACAGCAGCUGUGUGCACCUUAGUGGAGGACCAGAGAAACCAGGAGAGGCUGAACACCCUCACGCAGUCAGCGGAAGACCCGACACAUCAUCUUAGCUGCUACCUCAGUGUCCUUGCUAAGAUCUGUGAAUAUGAUGACUGGAGACCUGGCCUCGCUCAGCUCCUGCAACCCAUACCUUUCCCUGAUGUGGCUCUUGCAGAUGAGAAAUUCAUCAGACAAAUAUUGCCAGUUUUGGAACAAAUAGGCACAGACUCGCGAUGUGAGGUACACAGGAUGGUACUUGGUACAAGGGAAGACAAGGAAGGCUGGCUGAGUAUACUGUGCCCGUCUUCCUUAGCCUGUGUUGACGAAGGAUCUGCUUGGGCCAGUAUACUUGAAACUAUUAUCAACUGCUGCUGCAAGAGAAAGAAGUUCCUAAGUUUACUGACAAAAUCACUCGGUGCCUGCAUGCUGCUGGCACUGAGGGGCAACACCACGGCACAAGACGUACUGUGCUUGAUGCUUGAAUGGAAACUGAUCGACGGUUCCGAUCAGGGCCUCCAGGUGGUCACAACAUUACAGUCAACAACGUCAGGGAAGAGGCGGUACCAGGCUCUGUGUGAGCGACAGCUACAUCUCAGGGAAUUACAACAGAAGGGCGGCCCGAGGAAGCUCACGCUCCCCAGCCGAAGCACCGACGCCGACGUGAACCGCAUGCUGUCCUCGGGCUCCUUCGGCAACCUGGAGUGUCUUUCCCUGGCCUUCACGCGGGUCACCAGCGCCUGUGCAGAGCAGCUCAUCAAACUACCCACCCUCCGCUACCUCAACCUCUGGGCCACACAGUUUGGUGAUGUGGGUUUGCAACUUAUAUCAGAACAUCUGCACAAAUUGCAAGUGCUAAAUCUGUGUGAAACUCCCGUCACAGACAAAGGCUUGGGCACACUGACAGCCAUCAAGAGUUUGCGAAAACUGAACCUCAACAGCACGAAUCUCUCCUUGCAAACUUUCGAGACCCUGAAGGAGACGCUGCCAGCCCUCCAGGAGGUGGACGUCCGGUACACAGACGCUUGGUGACCCUCGCCUCCCUCUGCUGACUCGCCAGAUGUUAGCAGAACCUCCGCCGGGCCCACUGCCUUUAUUCGUCGCGUCUUGAACCAGCUGGGGAGGAAGAAGAGAGACAGGGACCAAACCAAGCAAGACUCUCCUGUUUCAGAAAGGAACAACAGCAGGAGGGACUUCAUGUGCUUGCCCAAGUUCGACGGGAAGAGCCUGACGAAGAGGAACCCGCUGGUGAAGGCGAAGAGUGAAGAACAGGGAACUGUGAAGAGAGGCUUGUUAGUCAGAGCUUGCAGUGUAGAUCAAACUAAUUUUGUCAGAAACUUCAUUGUACGCUCCGGGAGCGAUGAACCAGCCACGAAAUCAACUAAUGCUCUUAUGAACUCGAGUGGUGAGACACAGAGCAGCCAGGUGAAAAAUAGUAAUGCAGUUGCUGUGGCGGAGCAAGGAGAACCAAGUGCUAGAACAAAGAACCUUCUUGCUCGAGCCAGCAGUGAAAAGGGUAAAUCAACGCCAAGGAAUGUCCUUGUUCGAGCCAACAGUGACGGGAAAAGGAACAAGAUCACCAACCUUGUUUCCGAAAAGAAAGCCAACUCGGAGCAAGAGAUCUGCGCCGCCGCCAACACCAACUGAAGCAGACUAAAGACUUCCAAGAUAUCAUGUGAGACAGAAAGCAAUUAUAUUUGUUAUAUCAAGGUUGACAAUGAUGCUGGAGUAUAUAGCUAAUGAUUUUUUUCUACACAAAUAUUACACGUAUUCAUGAAAUUGUGACCCAUUUCACACUACACUUUCUGUGUAAAAUUUCUUUCUGUGUAACUUAUUUUCUGAUAUACUGAUUUGCCAGUUAAGUGUAAUGCUAAAAAGCUAGUUUUAUAUAUAUAGAUAUAUACUGUAUAUAUAUAUACCAAGUGAUUAUGUGGUUACAUGUAGAUAUAUGUUUCGUUCCAAAGACUUAUUCAUGAUUAUUUCCUAUUCAGUGAAAUAGUUAGAAUAGCAUGACCAAUUGUGCUCAGUGGCUACGUUUAUAGUAGAGAAAAGAGCUUUUUACGUUACUUGUUUCUUCCGUUUAUGAAGAGAGUUAUUGAUAUGGGCAUUUAGUUACCUUUUUGCAAGUGGAAUCUGCUCUGAUAAAACAAUGAGCAUCGAUGGGCAGAAAUCGGAAAUUUUCAUUGGGAGAAUCACUUCAAUUUUGCUCAUUGCCAAAUACUUCUUUUUUUUUACCGGCUCAGGAUGAAGCCCUUUCAAGAAGGCUUCGAUGUUAUCACUAACCACUUGACUUCUGCUUUCUCUGAGACAGUCAAUUCUCCGGUGUGAAUUUGUUCCUUGUGUCCAUUUUAUAUGUUGGCAAUUAUCUUGUUAUGUGGUAAGAUUUAUCUCUCUAUUUCAUUCUCCAAAAAAUGCAGCUGCAGCAUCAUUCCUUAUUUAAUCUGAAAUAUACGAGAUAUGAGAGAGAUUGGGUAAAAAUUGUAUUUAUGUGUGUUGAGAGCUGUUUGCCAAAAAUGAACAUGUGUGAUUGGUAUAUUAUUUUGUGUUUUCCAUCAUAUGGAAGUGAAAGUUCAACUAUCAGGGCAUUUUAAUAUACUGCUUCAGUAAGUUAAAGAACUCAAUUAUUGUACAUGAAGUAUGAUGCAAAUGUAUGGAAAAGUAUUCCAAAUCUAAAAACUAUUAUUCUGGCUAUUACUGGUCUAGUCUGGUAAAGUUUUCUGAUUUUGUACAUCUCUUAGUCUUCAGAUUCUUAUGCUUGCUACUUUCCUCCUGACGACUAUGUACAACUAAGAGAUGUUUGCAGUACAUAUGCUUUCUACUUUUGACAAAGGCACAAAAUAUAUAUAACCAGUGUCUGCCAUGGUUGAGGUUUGGUUAAAACCUUAAAGCAUGAUUAUUUAUUCUAUGAUACGGUUCACUUUGUUACCAAAGUUAUUUAAUAUGUCAGUUCUCUGCAGUAUUUUAGUUAUUUUUAUGUGAGAAUAUUUUGUUAAAUGUGAUUGAUAAUGUGAAUCAACGAGUGGCCAUAAGUCACCCAGUCGGAGCCAGUAAUUAACAGUAAUUUUGCACUCAAGGUUUUUUCUUCAAAAUCUGUACCUAUGUUCUCACUUUACUUUAUCAUCAAAAAGUACAGGAACAUUUAUUUUAUAGAUUGGUUAGAGAAAAACGUAUAAAUAUGACUACAAAUACUUGAUAACAGAAUUACUGUGACAACCAGGGUGGUAUGUGAUGCAUACUCAUGCCUUGCGUUUAUCUAAUCCAGGGUAUCCUUUGACUGUCGAAAGCUAUUUUUAAGUUCAUUGUGGUUAAAUACAGUCAGAGAAAAGAGAAAGCAUUUUUAGUUUUCUCGUACAGUCUACAGGCAUCCCGAGGGUUGUAGAAUUAUUAGAUGAAGGUGCGUAAUUAAAAAUCAAAUGAAUGAUAAUUAUUCACAGUGCACAGAGUAGAGAAAUAUCGUUAGAAGUGCCAUAUCUCUAUAUCAAACAAUGUUUCACUUGCACACUGCUUGUGAUAUUUAAUCCAUAAUUCCCAGAUUCGUGUCAUUGCUGACUAUUAGUUGCCAUAUGCUACGGUACACAUCAUAUUUUUAUUUUCUUUAUCAUUAUAUAUGUAUCCAACCAAAUGAUACUUUGAUUAUUCGAUAGGUAAAUGAUGUGCCAAUUUGAUAAGUUGAUAAAUACUGUAGAUGUAGUGGCACUGAAAGUAACAAUUACUUUAAUAUCUCUGUUAUGUUGUUAGUCAUAAUCUGUAAUGUUCUCACAGUCUGAAUGCCAGUGUAAAUGAGGUCAGCAAACUUAUGAUGCCCUUUAUGAAAAUCUUACUUGGAGUAUCUAAGCAAAAGGUUAAAAUCGGUAAUUCUAUUUCAGUUGCGAGAAAUUAUAUAAGCUAUUUUCAAAAUGCAAUGAAAUGAACUGUUGCUAUUUUUUUACUGCGAAUAGUAAACAACUUAAAUUCAUUUCAUAAACUAAUUUGAAUAUUUCUUCAUUUUCUGCCGGUCAUGCCAUUUGCAUUAGUUCUGGUAAAUACUGAAAUUUCUUAGAAAGUGUACAGCCAACCAUCAAGCUCAUAAUCAUUAAAUUCACAAUCUUAUGACUUUUAUAGGGAUUCCCUUUAGAAUAUAUAUUUUAUUAUGACACGCUGAUGCUAUGGUAUGGAAUAAAUUACUGAUAUUUUAAGCAAUCAAAUGUAUAUAUAUACACGAUAUGAAAAAUUAUUAGAUAUUUUGGAAAAUGGAACAAAAAUAAAGUUAUACGAAUAAAGUGACCAAACGCCUAUGGCAAGGUAUCAAUUUUGUCUGAGUUUUAUACCUUUUGUGAAGACAACUUCUUGGCCUAUCAUUCUGUACUGCUUUACUGUUGUUUGUCUCAUAAUAGACGUGGCAGGAUCACCCCACUUGAAAUAUCUUUCAGGCUAAAUACACAGGGGAGGCGCCCCUUAUUAGCUGAAUACCUCAGGUGAUCGCUGGCUUUGUCACCGCUGAGCAUUCUCAACACCAGUGAUGCUGAUCUGUGAGGUGUCAUGUAAUCUGUCUGUGAUUUCUGCAAGUUAAUGUGUAAAGGUGUGUUGCUCAAGGGCCAUAGUCAAGAGCAGUCAGGGAUGUGGAGACUUCGUGGAUUUCGUUUCCUUAAAACCUAAAUUGAAGUUUCCUAGAAUAGAUGAUAAGUGUAGGAAAAUACAAAAGUAUUUUCUCUUCUUCUUACUACUAUUUUCAUUCAAGUUUUGUUUUAUGUUGAUUCUUCCUUCUCCCCAAAGUGGAAUAUUUGCUCUCUUUAUUUUACGUCUUUGGGUCUUCUUCUUGAUCGUUAAAUCGACAUUGAUCAUGCUGGAUAGAUACAGUCUUCCACUCUGUGCUAAUGACUAAAUGUCUUCAGAUGGCUUGAAGAGCUGAGACUCCACCAUGCCUGGCUACUCUCUACUGUUGCUUUGUUCAAAAAUAUCCCACCCUUACUCUGGGUCAAUGGGUAGAAACCACGACACUCUUGUAUGUUUAUUCCAUUUUGUAUACCCCAUAAUUGUGUGGAUGUUUUCACACAUCAGUGUAACCUUAUAUAAAGGUAAGCUGUACAGUAUGAAACUGCUGAUGUUCUUUAUGUAUAAUCUUGGGGCAUUGUUCCAAGAAAUGUAUAUUUGUGUUAUUUUUUCGUAUGCAUGUAAAGUGCAUACGCGUGCAAACACACACACACACACACACACACACACACACACACACACACACACACACACACACACACACACACACACACACACACACACACACACACACACACACACACACACACACACACACACACACACACACACAACGACCAAAUCUAAAACCGCAUCUUAUAAAUCAUAUCUAAAUUAUAUUAAGCCUUAUCUUGCUAUUUAUAAACUUCUACUAUCUGUCAUAGUAUUUAAAUGUUCAGUCGUAUCGUAGGAGCCAGGGGAGGCAGUCUUACUUGGUCAUAGCAUUUUAUUGAUUUUGUAUUUCAAAAUCAAAAAUUCGUGUGAAAUAACCGCAGUUCACCGUCCCCAAGUCCUCACUGUAUUGUUUGCUAUUCUGAUAACAGCUUUCCGUCAAUGAAAUUUACAUGUA